CAUCCCUCCCACACAAACUCACACUUCCACACACAGCACACACACACUUCCUCCUUUGGCCCGCCUCCCCCCUCCCCUCCCUCGCUGGCUGUCUCGGCGGAUAGAAAGAAGCAGCCCGAGCGAGCCGCUUCGCUCAGCUGUAAGCGAGGAGCGCCGAUGGAGCUCCAGCCACGCUGAGCGCUCACAAUAAAGACUCAUUCAAAUUCAUCAUCAGAAUAAACGUGGAUGUUGGCGCCCACCUGGGGAACCCGGAAGCUUCUUUUUGAGCACGAUGACACAAGGCUGAGGAGCGCAGAGGCCAGCGAAGGAGGCGCGAAACAUCUGGCAUGUUCUGCUUCGUCAAGGACUUCCGAGCAGAUUACCCAGGUUAUUCCUCCAUUUGGAAGUGAUGCAAAGGGGAAGACCGUUGGAGAAGCGCUAAAAUGAGACAGAUCAACAAUGUUUGCUUCUGAGACAGAAAGCACAAACCAAAUCAGGAUGGUGAAAUCCUCACAAGUACACCGUCGGCGAAUCUAAAUGAAUGAGACUCCAUCCAUGACGAGGAGACGGCUCAACGGACUCCCUCUGGUCCCGAAAACAAGAUCACGCCGGCUGAAUUGAAACCAUAGCAACGCUGCCUUCUGCUUUUUUUUUUUUUGCGCCCUAGACAUGACUGGAAGGGAGGCACGGAUGGCCGGCGGGUGGGGCAUGGCAAGCAGUGCCCUGCUUUGGUCGGCGGCCAUUGUUUAUUUGACCAACGUGGGUCAAGUCAGCGGGGACUGCUGGUUAAUUGAGGGCGAAAAGGGCUUUGUGUGGCUCGCCAUCUGCAGCCAAAACCAACCACCGUACGAGGCCAUCCCGCAGCACAUCAACAGCACCAUUGUGGACCUUCGCAUGAAUGAAAACAAGAUUAAAAGUAUUCAAUACUCCGCCCUUAGUCGCUUUGCCAACCUAACCUACCUGAACCUGACCAAGAAUGAAAUCGCCUACAUCGAGGACGGGGCCUUUUCCGCUCAAUUUAACUUACAAGUUCUUCAGAUGGGCUUCAACAAGUUACGCAACUUAACCGAGGGGAUCCUCAGGGGUCUUGGAAAGCUGCAGUAUCUCUACCUCCAGGCAAACCUGAUUGAGACUGUGACACCCAAUGCCUUCUGGGAAUGCCCCAACAUCGAGAACAUCGACUUGUCCAUGAACCGCAUCCAGCAGUUGGACGGCUCCACCUUCACCAGUCUGACUAAGCUGACAACCUGCGAGCUGUACACCAAUCCCUUCAACUGCUCCUGCGAACUGCUCGGUUUUGUCAAGUGGCUCUCGGUUUUCCCCAACAGGACAAACGAGCGGAUGGUCUGCGACUCGCCGAAUGGCGUGUCUGGUUACAGUCUUCUGAGUCAGAACCCGAACAACCCCACCUAUCGAAAUGCUCUCCACAUGCUCACCACCGUGUGCACCGACGACUACGUCACACCUUUUUUCCCGUUGCCGUUGGAGCCCACGACGCCCCCGCCGGACUUCACCCUUUGCGGGCUGGAGGACUGUCCAUCGGGGACGGAGCCAGAAGACAUAAUCACCCACAACGUCAGUACGAGUAACAACGAAGUGGAAGCAAACCCGCUGAUGAAAUUGAACAAAGUGUCCAAUACAGGAGCAACCAUCACGGUUCAGAUCCCGCAUCCUUACAAAAAGAUGUACAUCCUGGUUCAGUACAACAACAGCUUUUUUACAGCCAUCCAAACCCUGAAAGAAUUCAAGGAGGAAGUGGAGCUCAAGGACCUCAAACCUCACACCAACAAUACGUACUGCGUUGUUUCCAUUCGGAACUCCCUGAGACACAACCACACUUGUCUGACAAUCACCACGGGACCUUGGAAGGGCAAAUCAAGAGACGCGAGCAACGCCACUGCCACUCAUUACAUCAUGACCAUUUUGGGCUGCCUCUUUAGCAUGGUCAUCUUUCUCGGGGUGGUUUAUUACUGUUUGCGACGGAAGCGUCGGCAAGACGAAAAGCACAAAAAGGCGGGGAGCCUGAAGAAAAACAUCAUGGAAUUGAAAUAUGGACAAGAACUGGAGGGAGGGACGAUUUCUCGCAUCACCCAGAAACAGCUGCUGACCGGAGAGAGCAUGGCCAGGAUGCCCUACCUCCCGCCUGCCAGUGAAAUGGAUCAGUACAAAUUUCAAGAAAUAAGCGAGACUCCAAAAAUGAUGAAGGGAAGUUACAUGGAGGUGCGGAGUCUGGACCACCACGAGCGCAGGGAGUGCGACAUGGGAAUGGCCGGGAACAGCCAAGGCUCCGUGGCCGAGAUCUCCACCAUCGCAAAGGAGGUCGAUAAAGUCAACCAGAUCAUCAACAACUGCAUUGACGCUCUCAAGACCGACUCCACUUCUUACCAAGGGGUAAGAUCGGGAGCCGUGUCCAACGUGGAGCCUCAGCUGGUGCUCAUAUCCGAGCAGCCGCAGAAUAAAUCGGGCCUCCUGGCCCCUCCGUACAAGGACAGCUACCACCACUCCCUGCAGAGACAUCGGUCCUCGGACGCCUCGCCCAAAAGGCCCAGCACAGCCUCAGGAAUGCGAAGCCCCCGGCCUUACCGUACCGAAUCCAGGUACAUCGAGAAAACCUCCCCGACGGGGGACACCAUCCUCACGGUGACACCGGCCGCCGCCAUCCUGAGGGCCGAGGCCGAGAAGAUCCGUCAGUACGGCGACCACCGCCACUCCUACCCUGACGCUCAGAUCGAGGAGCUGGAGAGACCCGACGGCAUCAAGUCGCCCAUGCUGGAGCCACUCUCGCAUUCCCGCUCCAGAGACUUGGCUUAUUCUCAGCUGCCGGCUCAGUACCACAACCUGAGCUAUUCUUCCAGUCCGGAAUACUACUGCAAACCGUCCCACAGCAUCUGGGAGCGAUUCAAACUCCACCGAAAACGGCACAAAGAUGACGAAUACAUGGCGGCCGGCCACGCGCUGCGCAAGAAGGUGCAGUUUGCCAAGGAUGAGGACCUGCAUGAUAUUUUGGACUACUGGAAAGGCGUCUCGGCCCAGCAUAAAUCGUAACUAUCAUCGGUUUUUCUUUGUUUGUUUUCAAUGACGAGAACCUCCUCAGACUUUCCAUGAAUGGAUUCUUUCAUACUUCAAUAUCACAUUUCUCGGACUGUGAGGGGGAUUGUUUCAUAUUUGUCAUAUUAUGUAAAGAAUUUAUGGAGUGGGAAAAAAAAAAUGAUUCUAUUCAUUAGAAAAUAUACCGCUAAAUUAUACUAUGUAUGUUAUAAUGGAUUAUCGGUUUUUGGGUAUCGCAUGGCCAGGUCCUGUGAAAGUGGAUUUGCUGUUGUGUCAUAUGAAACUACUCUAUCAAACUAUGUUUACUGAAAGCUCAAUAUUUCGUUGAUCUGGACUCGUUUUUUUAACACUCCAUAUAUUUAGUUUAUCUUACAUAAUCGAUGUACAUAUUUGGUCCAUUUUUAUCUACACGUUUUGGCGGGAAGAAUUGGUUUUAAAGUAAGGGAUGAUAAACAUCUCCCAACAUUUAAACUUUUUUUUUCAUUUUUUGGUUGAGACUUUUACAAGUAUUUCUACAAUAUUUUUUUAUACGUCCGUCUUAAGUCAUGUAUGAAGGUCUCAUUCAUCAGGCAUUUCUAAUUUUAUGACCAAAGUAGAAAAACUGUUUACAAUAUUCCUGCACGGUCUGGGAAUGGUAUGGCAUUUUUUUUUUAAAUAUAAAUAUAUAUAUAUAAAUAUAUAUAUUUGCAAUGAGUUGCUCCUGGAAAACAUAUUGUGAUGUGUUUGGAAGACUAACUGAUCCUAUUUCAAGAAGAAGCGGAAGGACUGCGAAAGCAUUUCCCUGCUAUAGAGAGCCGGAUGGAUGAUUGUAAAAUAUAAAAACUCUGACGUGUCCAUGGCAGCUUUUUCUGUCUAUUUUAUCGAAAGUAUUUAUUCACAGCAAUGAAGAAACGUUUUGUUUUCCUUGCUUCCAGUGUACUAUAAUGACCCGGCGUGAUAAAUGCAGGGGGAAAGUAACUUUGUUACUCUGAUGGGCUUCGUCUUGGUUUGAUUCAAUGUCUUUUUGAAUAUUACGGACAUUACUUAGCGGAUGGACGACGAUCACACUAACACUUGAGAAUGUGAAGAAAAAAAACAGAAAAAAAAAACAGACUCUUUUGACUUACUGGCUGUGAAUUUGUAUAUUAUGAAUUUUUGGCAGUAUAUUUCAAGACUUAACACGUCAAAAGGAUGUUUACAGAGCUCAUUCCACGCGGGCUCAUGGGCGGCAGUUGUAUAUUUAUGAAUGAGCAAUACAAAAUUGAAUGUCAACUUGGUGACACGGUCGUUUAACAAUUUGGGUGAUGUGCAUCGUGAUGUUGGACAGUUGAUUUUUUUUAAAUGAGCCCCCGGAAGCGAAAUUUAACUUUUAAAUCAAGCUUGUUUGUGUCAAAUCAAUAGUUUGAGCAGAGGGAUGAAUAAUUUAUUCAAUUUUGUAGGGAUGAAUAAAGCAAUCACUGGUUUCGGUAUUUUUUUUUUUUGUAUGUGCUUUAGCCGUUCAUGUGAAAUGAAGCAUCCAUGAGCCCGACGCGGUCGCCAUACGUAAGCACCUCCUGACGCGUUAGCCUGACUUAACAUUUCAAACGCCUUAAGAAUUUUUGGAAUAUCUUGGGUACAACUGUAAAUUUCCUUUGUUUCAUUUCCAGCAGUGUUUGAUGAUUCGAUUUUUUUUUCUUCCGUGUGUUUUUUUUUUUAAUGAUUUAAGAAGGAAAAAAAAGCGUUUUAAUAUCCGAGAGCUACGGGAGAUUUCUAGUUCAUUUAGCUACUUAGCAAUGUGUUUUUCUACUGCAUAUUGUAGCACUUGUGUGAGUUUAAAGUGGUGACAAAAAAACUUUAGGAAGAUCAACAGUUGUUCAAGUGCAUCAAAAACAAACAAGAGCACAAAAAUGUGUGGUUUUUUUGCGGGGUGGGGUUCAUUUAGUUUUUCUUAAUACUGUAUGUAAUCUGCUUUCAGACAAAGUACUGUGAAAUAAAGUUAAGGGUGCACAGUAA